AAUCCCGUUCCCAAGAUUUGAGAGUUUGACAUUAUCAGUUACUCUCUUUUCUGUUACUGUCCAUCUGGAUUCUGGACAAAUUUCCCUUGCACUCCCAAAACAGAACAGGGAUUUAGAUUCCUUUCCUAGGCUAAAUUAGACCAGUGCAUAAUUUUUUUUCCUUCUGGUCCUUUGGGUUUUUGGUGAAACCCCAUUAUUGAGGGUUGAAGGUCGGUGGAAAAGCCCCAUUUUGUCAAAGAUCCUUUCACAUCUUCCCUGAUUAGCAGUCGAUCGAUCGAACGAUCGAUCUCAAAAAGGAAGCCUAGAUUUUUUGUAUCAGCUCCUCACCUCGUGAGAUUUUUGGCCAUCUGUCCCAACUUACGAGCGGAAACCACCUUACCAGCCCCACCCAUCACACCAAUCUCUUUGAUGCUUCCCGAGCACAACGUCCUUGAAUCACCCCCGUUGUCACAAACCCUAAUCCUCCGGUUCCCAAUCUGCGAAUCGAGGGAUUCUUUUUUCCAAAGUAGAGACCGGGAAGGAGGAAUUUCAGCGUUCGUGGCAAAAGGGUCGUUUAAUUCCGCUUUACCGUCCCGGAAUCUCUUCUUGUUCGACGUAAAGGUUAGAUUUUUGUGUUUCUGGCUUCAAGAGUUGAACAAGGGAAAAGAUCGAUGAAGUGGGGUCGUUCUCAAAGCCAUACGCGAGAACGCUGGGUAAAACAGGCGAACAGGAAUUUUCAUUUGCAUUGAGAAUCGCCCCUAAGUUCUUGUUUUAGUUGUUUUUGCUGGUGUUGUUUCAUGGAGUCGCUAUUGUCAGCUCAUUUUUUGGUGAUUCUGGGGUCUCUAGUUGCAAUCUGGGCCAUUGUAGUUGAGUCUCAAUCACAGAAUGCACCCAACAUUCAACGGUCACCUGCGCCUUUGAUCCCUCCUCCCCCAUCUCCUCCUCCGCCCCCACCGCCUCCUCCGCCGUCUCCAUCACCACCCCCGCCGCCGCCGCCGCCGCCGCCGUCUCCGUUAACUCCUCCUCCCCCUCCAUUGCCUUCGCCACCGCGGUUGCCCCACCAUUUAGGAAAUGACAACACCACAAAGAGAUCGUCGCCUCCGUCGGAUCAUCGGUGGCAUGGUGCGCAUAAUAACAGAAGCAGGAGGUCCCCUCCGCAGCAUGAAGACAAGAUCAAUACAGGCAAGAAGCUGGGGUUGUUGUUUAUUGGCAUAGCUUCGGUUUUGCAGAUUUUUGUUGCCGGGUUUUUGGUAUUUAAGAGACAGCAGCUGAUGAAAACCAAGGAUAGAUAUGAAACAUGUCCAUGAGAGUUCGACAUUGGUUCAAUUGAAGAACAAGGGUGGAGAUGUGGUUCUUUGAUGAGAUUAUUUCGUCGGAGGACUAACAGGAGGAGUUCAUUUGUGAAUGGCCAGAAGAACCAUCGAGACAAGAUGUUGUUGAUGGAUAGCAACAGCAAAUUGACUGUAGGAUACAUCAGUCAUCGGAGUCCUCGAUUUUUUUUUUUUAAAUGUAUCUGUAAUUGGUGAUUGCCUCUUUUUUAUCCUUUGUCUCAAUAUCUUCAUUCUUCACGUAUGAUCUUCUACCAAUUUCUCCUUGCAUGCAUAUGUACAGAGAGUUGAAGAUUUGUUGCUAGCCCUGGUAGUCGAUGCUUAUUAUCGUAACUCUGUAUACCAUCAGAGCCGGUAUCAUUUGCAUGGGAAAGCUAGGAAAUUUAUGGAUAGUAUGAGAAUUUUGUUGGGCUACA